AUGGAUGGAAGAAGGAAGAAGGAAGAAGUAGAAAUAGGGAAGAAGAAACAAUUUCUUCCCUUUUCACCUUCAACAAUCAUCUCGAAUGAUGACGAUCAUGAUGAUCAUUUGACGAUAGUGAUUGAUGAUGGUAAUGAUGAUGAUGAUGGUGCUAAUGACGAUGACGAUGAUGGUAUGAUGACAGUGACUGAUAGUGACGAUGACGAUGAUAUGAUGACACAAAAAUAA